GAUAACAUGACACCACAGCCAUUUGACUUCAGUGAUGGUAAGAAUGUUGACAUAAAGAAGAAGAUUGGGAAUAGGUUCUCAAAUAAGAGUGUAGCUUUGAGUUGUGAGGGGAAGACAGCCAAAGAUCAAGCUCUAAUGAUGAGAGAUAAUUACACAGCUAUGGUUGAUUAUAAUCCUCCAAAAGGAUUUCCCUUGUUUUACUUCCUGGAGAGAGAGGCAGAUGGCUACUUGUACCCGGCUGUGAUGGUUCAGUUCAACACAGUCCCACCAAACACUCAGGUUAACAUUGUUUGUACAGCGUGGGCAAAAAAUUUCAACAACGGUCAGCCUCAGAACGGUCAGAAAUACUCCACAGAGUUUGCUAUCCUCUUGAAAUAAUAAUGCAAUACACAACCCACUAUGAUAUAUUGACUCCUUUCAGGCAAGAAGACCAAUAAAUGGGUAUUUUUAAAAAUGCUGAUAAGCCUCUCUGGCUGUGAUGUAAUUGCUGCUCAAUAGGAUUUCCUCAUUUUAUAUAUCCCAGAUACUUAAUACUUGUUAGAUUUGUACAUAGGUAUGUGAAAAUUGAUUCUAAUGUUCGUCAACAAUCCAUUUAUAUUUUUACAUUCUAUACAUUUUAUGAAUUUUUGUUCAUAUUCUGAAAAAAUUUCAAAAGUUUGUUACUUUCAUGAAGAAAAGGUUGUUGAAAUUAUAAUGAUUUAAAAAGAAAAAUACAUAUCUGUUACAUUAUUUGUUGUGAAUUUUUAGCUUGAUUAUUUGGAGAAAAGUCAGAGCUAUCCUACAAACACAUGCUUUAAAUGUAACACUUUGGUCUAAGUUUUAUAUGCCACUUAUUGUACAGCAUAUUAUCUCAUCAACCAUUUUUGCUUUUCACUUAUUUGAGAUCAUUAUAAUAGGUCACUAUCAAAGUUCCAUAAGUCUGACAUGGUUUUUGACUGAAUUAUUAAAACUUGUGCAACAUCAAUCUUCAAAACUACUGAUGGCAUUCACUUAAAACUUUUUUUAUGCAUGUUUUUAUGACUGUAACAUGAUGUCACUUUCAAAAGGCGCUUUACUUUGACAUACAUGUGAUUUUGACUGAAUUAUGGCCUUUUGUGAACUUGAAAAUUCUUGAUUAAAGUAAAGAAAUUAAUUUGAAUCUUUAAUUAUGUCUUUGUGACCAUAUCUGGCAACCAUUUUCCAAGGCUGAUAUAGCUCUGACAUGCAUAUUAGCUAAAUUUAUGAAAUUUGAAAAUUCUUAAACUGUUCAAAACUACUAAAGAUAUUCAUAUGAAACUGAAUUAAUACAUGUAUUUAAGAUCAUUAUGGGAGUCCCUAUACAAAGCCCAUAACAGUUGUUACAUGGAUUUUGAUUGAUAGAUGGUCCUUUAUCAAAUUACAAAACUACAAGACUCAUAAUCAUGACAUUUAUAUUUUUAUUGAAAUCCUCCUCUUAAAUGUUAAUUAUUACAUCAUACUGAAGAUCAAAUGUGCCGCGUCACGACAAAACCAACAUAGUGCGUUUGCGACCAGCAUGGAUCCAGACCAGCCUGCGUAUCUGCGCAGUCUGAUCAGAAUCCAUGCUGUUCGCUUACUUACCCAACUACAAGUAGAGAAACUAAUAGCGAACAGCAUGGAUCCUGAUCAGACUGCAUGGAUGCGCAGGUUGGUCUGGAUCCAUGCUGGUCGCAAACGCACUAUGUUGGUUUUGUCAUGACGCGGCUCAAAUAAUGUUAUAGAAUCUCAGUUGUUUUCAAAACAGUAUAAAUUUAUCUUAUUUUUGAUUCAUGCAUAGUGGAAUUAUCUUCAUGCAGUGUUUUUUUUAAAAUUUUCAAAACAACCUGUAAACUGUAGUUUUUAUUAAAGUAACAUUAAAUAAAUUUCAUAAAAAAAGAAAUAGCGACAUUUCAUUAAUAAAUUGGGUUUCAUAUCGACUCCAGAUCUUAUUUUGGUGUCCAGGCAACCAAAAUGAGUUUAAUGAGCAUACAAAAUUAAUGUGCAACCUUAUUGUGGCGAAUUCGGAAGUACAAUUUCUGUUUGCAUGAGAAACUCCGCCUUCAGAUCAUCCGUACAUCAAUAUUAAAUCAACAAACAUGACUAUAAGUAGCAGUCCUAAUUUAACGGUAUAUUUCCGCAUUGUAAUGGAUAUUUUCAUACAAAUUUAAUCUUUUUUAUGAGAUGAUUAUUUUUUCUGAACCACAGGCCUAGUGCACCGUGAAGCUUAAACGGUAAAAGUGUGUUUGCACAAGAAAAUCUUAUAUUUGCUGUGUUCCGGAUAGCAACUAUAACUCCAUGACGUAGCGCAUACACGAGCUGAUUAUAGUCUUCAUUUGCAUGUUAAAAUUUGUAUACGAACUUAAGUGUUACCUUGGGGUUUUCCAUUUAAAAUCCUAUUUUAUGAACAAUAUUUGAUGAGAUUUACAACAUUACUGUUAAAAAGGUUAAUGAAACUGUAGAAUGCUUGGUUUUUAGGCCGACGGCAAAAAUAUUUUAACAUAUUUAUUUAAUGUAACUUUAAGUAGUAAACUGGAGUGUUUUUUUAUAAAGUAAUAACUAUUGUUUUCUUUUUAGUUGUAAACUUUUAUUUUUAUUAAGUUGUAAACUGUUGUUUUUAUUAAGUUGUAAACUGUUGUUUUUAUUCAGUUGUAAACUGUUGUAUUUAUUAAGUCGUGAACUGUUGUUUUUUCUGAAGUUGUAAACUUAUUUACAUAUACAUGUAUGUUUCUAUUAAUGUCUUUAUUUGUUACUUUUGAUAACGCCCUAAGAGAUUUAUACAGGUCAUUUUAUACAGGUGCUAUAUAUCACAUUACUAGGUAUUUCUCCUGUGACAUACUCAUUUUAUACAGGUCCUUUAUAUCACAUUACUAGGCAUUUCUCCUGUGACAUACUCAUGACAUUAGACUGGAACAAUAUAAAUCUUGCAUCAUUAAAUAUUACAAGAUGCUACAUCACUAUAUCGCUCAUUGCUUAUAUUAUAUUUGUUCUGUUAUAUUGGUUUGUAAAUAAUAUUUUUUAUAAAAUAACUCGCUUUUUGACAGGCACUUGUGGUUAUGUUGUAACAAUUGUUUGUUAAUAAUGACAAUCACUAAAUAAGUGAUACCUUGUCAACAGCAUUAUAUGUUUUUUACCCAGGUUAUUGGUUGAAAUGUUUUAUUAGUGACAUAGCACUACCUUUGAACUUAGUUCUUUUUGUUAUAUUUUACAUAUAAAGUUGAUCUUGUAAUAUUUACCAUUAUUAAGAAAUGAAUAAUAUAUAUUUUAAAAAAAUGAACAUUUUUAGAACUGUUGUACAUCUGUUGUUAGAUAGUUAAGUUCAAGUUUAGUGGAAUGCUUUUGUAUCUUGACACUGUGGCUGAAAAGUGCCAAUACAUGCACUGUUUCCGUCUAGGUUUUGAUUUAUUGAAUGUAUGAAAAGACAUUCCACUGUUGUUCUAAAUAUAUGCAAACUGAAAAUGAUGAAAUGUGACUGUUCUAGAUUGACUUAUAAACAUAUAACAUAUAGGCUAUAUGAGAAUGUUCUUUUUUUGUUUGUUUUUGUUUUGUAAAAUAAUAUUGAUCACGAUUUAAAUAUAAAAAAAGCUUGUCAUAUAGAGGGUAAUAUGGGUUCUUUAUACCAAAUGUCCCUAAAUCCAGCUGGAAAUGCAGUAUUGGCCAAUUUCAUUCAGACAUGUAAUGCUGAAUCAGGUUUAGUCAUAGUUACAACAAUGUUGUACUGAGCAUUUCUCUUCUUAUUUCAAUUAUGUGAAGUAUAAGGCCCCAUUCUGUUGAUUAUUUUUGUUAAUUCUUGAAAUUCUUUAGGCAUAUAAUCACAUUGUUUUUAAAAAGCAAGUUGUUUAAACAUGAAUAAAUACUGCAUAUGAAAUUUUAUUAUCUAUUUUAUGAUAAAAAGUAAACCUUAAAAUCCUCAAGCACUGACUGUGGAUUGAACUCUAGACUUCUGGAUUUCUAGGUGGACACUCAACCAUGUCUAGGAAAGGUAAACUCGGCAGUAAGGCUGUAAGAAGUGGUAGAGACUCGUAGUCAGUUACGAUAUAUUACCUUCAGUUUAUACACAUACAGAAAUUUACAUUCAACUAAAGCAUUAUGUUACAACUAUUGAGAUACUUAAUGUAGCUGUUCUUUAUCAUGUCACAUGAUUUAUUUGAUAAGUCUAUCUUUCACUUAAUUUAAUGAAAUUUCUAUUUCAUUUCAAAGGGGAUAUCAAUUAGAAUUUUCAGCUGAUCUUCUCAGCAAUCUGCAAUGAUUCAUACAUAAUUUCCGUCAGAUAUAAUUUUCUAUCACAUUCCAACAUCAGUUUACUGUAGGGACCAAAAUUUUAACAACAUUAUUGCUAUUGUUACUGUAGUUUGUGUAUAUACCUCUUUGAAUAUGAAACUGUAAGCCAUCACUAAUAUAUAAUAAAUGUGCCAUAUCAUCAUUCUGGUUUUAAAUCAUAUCAUGCUUUUAUAUUUUGUAUUGUGCCUAUCAAUAUAUUUUUCACUGUA